UAAAUACCACCGGCGCUGGAUUUAAACCAUUAGGUAUGUCUGGAGAUCUUCAAACACAAGAUGUGCACACGAAUCAACAGAAAUCUCGAAUACCACAGCGUCUACCAGCGGGACGUCAGCGUUUCCAACUUAGAUCUAAAGCUAAUACCAAUGUUGAUCCGAUGAAAAAUAAGUUGGAAACGGCACAACAACUUCGUUUCAACGCGAGAAGCUCACCGCGACUCCGUUCAGGUGAACAAGCUCGACCGAAGUCUGCUAACCGAGUGAAGGAAGAAAUUAAUCAAGUUUUACAAAGCCAACCUGCACAGCGAAUUGUGCGUGUCAUGGAAACGGAUACACAAAAGAAAAUAUUACCAACAAGGCGGAACGUUAAUGACCGUCAGAAAUUUGAUGUGCCACCCGCUUAUAGAUCACCAAGGACCAUAACAGUACCUGUAAAACAGAAGCAGACAGCGAGGAAUCCAUAUAACAAUAAAACUUGUUCAAUACUUCCGGAUCAGGAAACAAUAAAAAGAUGUGAAGAAUUGGAGGCGCAAGAUGAUUUCGGAUACCUGUACGACUUAUACGAUUCGAAUGAGACUUUUACGGAAAACGAUGAGGAAUCGAUUACAACACGAAGUGAAAAAGUAGUGCAGCUACAAAUGAAUUGGCAAGAGAAACUAGCUCAGUUUGAGAAGAUGAAACGCGAAUUAAACGAUCGACAGAAUACAAUAUUGCAAAUGUACGCAACACUUCGCGGAAUGCAACAGCAACUCUCCAAAUUGGGGCAGAAGGCGUCGCUGCCAACAACGGAAAACUUGAAAGUGAUGAAUGUGUCCAAUAUGUCUCCGGCACAAUUGCUGCAACUUUGCGAAGAGUCAAAACGGACUAAAGAUGAUAAUCUAUCAGCAAAACAAUCACUGCCAAUCGAUGUCAAUAAACUAAAUAAUAUUCCCAUGAAAUUAGUUACGACUUGCGAACAAAUAUUGGCGCAUCAGAAAGACUUGACGAGUUGGUUUAAAAACUUAAUAACACAGGAAAAGGAGUGCAGAAUAAGCUUAUUAUCAAAGAAACUGAUGGAAUUUAACUCAGAAAAUGAAAUGCUUAAUGGUUUGUUGCAUACUGGUCAAAACGAAUUUCUGAAGGAGUCGGGUGAAAUUAUGGAAUUCUUGAGGAAAUGCAUAAAUGAAACAAUGCCUCUUCAGUUGCGAAAUGAACAAUUGACGUACGAAAUAUCGGACUUAAACUCGAAAAUCAUCGAUCUUCGUAAACAACUGCACACUGCGGAGCAACUUAAAUCUCAAAAUCAUAGAGCUAAGAUUGAGGAAUUGGAAAAAGAAUUAAAGGAAAAGAAAAUGGAGUGUGCUUCAUUACGUAAAGGUUUGACACAUUGUAAUUGUCAGGUCAAGAUGGAAAAAGAAAAGUCAACUAAUUUGGAAGCUGCUAUAGAACAAGCACGGAUUCAAACAAGAAAUCUGGAUCGAACCGUAUUGCAACUGCAAGAACAGAAUGAACGACUCCAAUCUGACUUCGAUACGGAAUUGAAUAAAUUAAACGAAUCAAUUAAGGAGAAUACUGCUCAUUUAGAAGAAAUCGCUGAUGCUCGAGAAAAACUGCAAUCGGAAAAAGAAGAUUUGGAAAAACGCCUUGAAGAGCUAUCAACACAUUACACAGAAUCACUAUGUAAUUUGAAACAUGAAUUGAAUAACAAAACAACACUUCUGAUAGAAGCUGAGAAAAAAUAUAAUAUAGAGAUGGAUGAAAAGAAACGUUUGAAAGAAAUAGUUGAGACUCAAUGCGCUCAACUUGUUGAAGCCGAACUACGUUAUAAAGAUUUGUGUCAGAAGUUACAAGAAUUUGAAACGCAAAUCAAUGAACGCGAUAAAAAGUUAGAAUCUGUAGAAGCUGAACUAUUAAGUAUCAAAUCAGAAAAUGAACACUGCCAAAAUCGCUUAAUGGAACAAGGGGACACAAUCAAAGAAUUUGAGGGAAAAUUCAAGGAGUCUCGAUUGAUUGAAGAAAGAUUGAGAAAUGAUCUUAAAAAUAAAGAAGAUUGCAUAGUUACAUUAGAGAAGAAGAAAUGCCAUUUAGAAAACUUGCUACGUGACAGCGAGUCAAAAAUGGAGCUUUAUGAAGAACAGUUAUCAUCUCUUAAAACCCACAUUUUACAAUUACAAGAAUGCUUUGGUGAAUAUGAAAAUAUGAAUGAUCUUCGCGAAAUGCUAAAUCUACAUAAGAAUAAAGUGCAAGAAAUGACACGCAAAAACAAUGAACUUGCUGAAACACUGCAAAGGCGAAAUAUUGAUUUGGAAAUGAACUUGGAAACAAUUGCACGUCAGGAACAUGCACUCAAACAAAAUGAGGAAAUUAUUAAAGUACUGUCGCAAAAGGAGGAAGAGCAAGCUAAUAUCAUAAAAUUAUUGCGGAACAACCUCGAAAUUAGGUCUCAAAAGGAUUCGGAGUUAAAUAGUCAAAUAACAGAGAAAAAUGAAGAAAUUGAUGUACUAAUUAACAGUUUAGAGACCAGAAAGGGACAAAUAUCACAAUUAGAAAAGAUAAUUUUAACUUUAGAAGAUCAAAUCCGGGAGAUUAGUCAGCAAAAACGAAAUAAUGAUGAGAAGAUCGACAUACUAGAGCAGCAAAAUCAAGAAUAUAAGUCGUAUAUGGACGAUAGAAACAAUAAUGAGAGUCGAACAAAAAAUUUGGACACUUUAUUUGAAAUUCUUGAAGAUGAGUUAGGAAAUUCGUUCGAACAACAUUAUAAUAUUAAAGUUAACGGUAGAAAUAAUUUUACAAGCAAGCACAUGGAACAGCAGCUUAAACAAGAAUAUACCCCAAAGCAGAAGUUAUUUGAAACAGAGAAUGAAAAGAACGGUCCAAAUGUCGACGUAAAUCAUUUUGAUAACAAACCUGUUAAUUAUAAGAAAGUCAAGAAAGAAAAUAUAAGUCGGAAAAAAGCAACUCAGAUAGAAACCCUAAAAUGGAUAUCGGGUUGCGAUAAUUGUUUUGUACCGACUCUACCUUCAAGGAAAAAUACAUUUGCGCCUCCUAUUCGUGAGGCAGUUACAGUAGGACAUUCAAAAGACAAAUAUAUAACUCGCAAUCUGCCGCUUUUUGUGCCAAAUAAUUUUCAAGAUGACAGGCAAUAUAAAAUGCUUAAACUAGCUAGUCAUAGAAUGUAAUCUGUAUGGUCAUCGUCCAUUUGUGGUAUAGUUUUGUGAAUGUUGUUUAUUACAAUCUGAUUAACAAAGAAAAACG